CCUUGCUAUAGUCUGCUCCCAUUUCUCCUGGUUUGUCAGUGGUGUUGAUGUGAGGGACAAAAGCCAGGAUGAAGCUUGUGUUUCUGGUAACAUUUGUUCUGCUGGUGCUUUGCUACCUGGACAAAGUGGAGUCAUCUGCCUAUGACAAGAUUUUGUUUCACAGCCGCAUCAGGGCCAAGAAACAGGGGCCCAAUGUCUGUGCCCACCAGCAGGUAGUUGGGACCAAAAAGACAUAUUUCAGCACAUGCAGGAACUGGUACCAAAAAACCAUCUGUGGAAGGCCAACGGAUGUUUUAUAUGAAUGCUGCCCUGGUUAUAUGAAGUUGGAGGGGAUGCGUGGUUGCCCUGCAGCUGUCCCAAUUGACACCGUCUAUGGCACACUGGGUGUGCUGAAACUGGCUGUCACGCAGCAUUAUUCUGACCUGUCCAAUAUCAGAGAGGAGAUUGAUGGAUCUGGUGCCUAUACCAUGUUUGCUCCUACCGACGAUGCCUGGAAACAAUUAGAUGUUACUGCUAGAAAUGCCCUUGAGAUCAAUGCACGGACAGAGUUGUACAACGCUUUGCGCUACCAUAUUGUCAGCAAACGUUUCCUUACCAAAGACCUGAAGAAUGACAUGACCCUGAAGUCCAUGUACAACAAGCAGGGACUGCAUAUCAACCACUAUUCUAAUGGAGUUGUGACAGUUAACUGUGCCAGGAUCAUUCAUGCCAACCAGGUGUCCACAAAUGGGGUUGUACAUGUAAUUGACCGUGUCAUCAGUGCAGUGGGAAACAGCAUCAAGGAUGUGAUUGAAAGCAAUGAGGAGCUCACCUUAUUGAGUGAGACUGCUAACAUGGAAUCAAGCUUGUUAGAAAGACUCAGCAAGCCUGGACACUAUACGCUCUUUGCUCCAACCAACGAGGCUUUUGAACAAAUGGAGAACAGCGUUCUACAACGGAUCCUGGGUGAUAAGACUGUGCUCCAAGCCUUUUUAAAGUAUCACCUUCUGAGUUCAGUCCAGUGCUCAGAAGCCAUCAUGGCUGGCACUGUAUAUGAGACCCUGGAGGGCAGUGCAAUUGAGAUUGGCUGCGAUGGCAACAGCCUCACCAUCAAUGGCAUUAAAAUGGUACUGAAGAAGGACAUCAUCACCAGCAAUGGAGUUAUUCAUCUUAUUGAUCAAGUGCUCAUACCUGACUCAGCUAAGCAGGUGACUGAACUGGUUGGUGAUUCCCAGCGAAUGUUUGGUGACAUGGUGUCUGAUAUGGGCUUGUCUGCAGCCAUGAAGCCUGAGACUGAGUACACACUCCUCGCCCCUCUGAACAGUGUCUUUACCAAUGAAAUAAUCACUUUGGACCAAAAACUGCUUAAGAUUAUUCUUGAAAACCACAUCCUGAAGGUCAGGAUUACCCUGAAUGACCUUUAUAAUGGUCAGCUGUUGGAGACCCUUGGAGGAAAGCUGCUUAGAGUCUUUAUUUACAGAACGGCUGUGUGUAUUGAGAAUGCCUGCAUGCUCCGUGGCAGUAAAGAGGGAAGCAACGGUGCUCUUCAUUUAAUGCGGUCAUUAAUUCGAUUGCCAGAGAAGACCAUGUUUGAAUUGCUGAAGGCUGAUGGCCGUUUCACAAUAUUCCUGAAGUUGAUGGAGAAAGCCGAACUGACCGAGAUGCUAAAGCAAGAUGGAACAUACACAAUUUUUGCUCCAACUGAUGAUGCCUUCAAGGAUAUAACAGAGGACGACAUGAAACUUCUCACCAGUGAUGUGAACGUUUUGAGGACAAUCCUGCUUUACCAUUUCAGUAAUAGCAUCUUCAUUAAUGGAGGAAUUGAAGGUGGAGUGACCAACCUGCUCAAGACCAUUCAGGGCAACAAUUUACAAGUGCUUUCUGUCAAUAACUCCAUUAAUGUGAACUCAGUUAAUGUGAAUUAUAAUGACCUCAUGGCCUCCAAUGGAGUGAUUCAUAUUGUGAAGAACUUGCUUUAUCCUGCAGAUCUACCAGUAGGCCGUGAGGAUCUGCUUUAUGUGCUGAGGAAGCUUAUACGGUACAUCAAGAUAAAGUUUGUUAAUGGAUACACCUACAAGGAGAUUCCACUCACCUUCAUUAAGAGAUUCAUCACCACUCAUGUUAUUGAAACAGGCCCUAAAAUCCAGGUUAUUGAAACUAAGCCUAUUAUUAACCAAGUCACCCAAGUAAUUGAAUCUGGCCCACAAGUGGAAACAGUGGUUGUGGAGGGAGAUCAUGUGAUCACUGAAUAUAAGCUCACUAAGAUGACUGAACCUGUGAUGAAAGAAGUGUUAAUCGAAGGAAAGCCAAAAGUCACCACAGUUAGGAGAGUCAUUGAAGGGAAGCCAUCAGUUACAACAGUUACACGGAUCAUUGGAACUGGUGGGGAAAUUGAUGCUGAAGAAGACGUUAAGAAGCUCCUUAGUGAAGACUUGUCCAAGGUGAAGAAGGUUCUGGAAGAUGAGCUGCAUAUGCAGGAGGAGAAGAUUACAAAGUUGAUUGAAGGUGGUGGUGGAGAAAUCACCACUGUUACCAAGGUGAUUAGGCCUGAUCCUCAUAUUAUUGAAGGACCAGACUUCUCAAGGAUCACAUCUUUCAAGCACAGCCCAAAGCUCAUUGAGGAGGAAUCAGAGAGAAUCACCAAAAUUAUCCAACAUGGUGGUUCUCAGAAAAGAGCAGCUUUCCGAAGAUCGCCAGGAAUGAAGAGACGAGCAAGGCCUGCUAGACAUCCAUCCAACCCCAAAAAGAAGGCCUAAAAAGACACCAGGAGUUUUUUCUUUAGGCUCUGUUAGAUUUCUUUUAUACUGACUGGCUUCAUUAAACAUGACGUUGAAAUAAAACAGGCUUAAACUGGUAUCAGGGUAACUUGUGAGCACAUGUACUGUAGCUCCAUCCAAAAAUUUCCUUUACAUGUGAAAAGUACUAGUGUUUACAGUUCAUCUGCUGAAACCGGAUGUGCUAAUAACCUUGAUUUACACAGUUCAUGCCUCCCAUAUGAAGCUUAUCUGCAUAUAAUUGAAAUGUUGCUUUUAAGAUGGAGAGGAAUUUUAAAACUAUAUUUUUAUAUAUUCGAGAGUAUGUAUGGAGUGGUCAUGUAAGACAUGAGGUUUCACCUGUGCAUGUUUGCUACUUUCUGGUACUGCAUUCACUCCUGUGAAUGUAGGUUUUACAUUUAAGCAAAGUUGCUGCCUAGUUUAAUGUCUCAUGCAUUUUAUUAUAAGUAUAUGCUGUCUCAAUCACUCGUUUGCUUUUUCAUAUGUUGCCCUGCCUGAAUAGUGUGUGUGUCAUUUAUGUGCACUCUUCAUUUUUAGUAGCAUUCUUCCCUUCAUACUCCCAUCCUACUCUACCCAAAAUACCUAUUACCGUUUGAAAAAUUGCUUAAUAAAAUUGAAUCUAAAAUUGAAAUCUGA